AUGUCUAGUUCCACCAAUUCUCAAAAAAGGGAAAACAUUUUCGCCUUAUUUAGAAUAUGGAAGAUCAUCUUCACAAGGAAGAUGAAAACCAUUUCCAAAAGAAUGAGAAGAGGUGUUGGAACGUUUGAUCCUAGUGCUGCCAGUUCCGCCUCUAGCCAUUUUGGAGAGAUAGUCAAUGUGAUUGACUCGUUCAUCUCCUGUGACUAUGCUUCCCUAAUGAAGUUGGGUUCCCUUGACAUUGAUGGCCUCUGUCGGUUGUGUGCGGAUAAUGAUCAUGGAGGAGCAGGUCCUAGCAGUGAUGCCAAUAUCACAUGCUUGGAUGGAGGAGCUGGCAAAUGA